AAUUUUAAACCGUUUGAGCGGGUGGCAGGAAAACAAGAGUGAGUGGAGCCGAAGUAUUUUGUCAUGUUAAAUUAACAUCCAAUGUUUAUUAACAUAAUAGAAGCCAGGAUUAUAACUUUGGAUCAUCAAAUCUUUGUUUUUGCAGCGCUAUCGUGCAUACAGGCUAAAGAGGGACGCCACCAUGAGUUCCUUGCCGGAGACCACGCGCUCCCUCAUGGAGGUUUUUAAUGGAAAACUGCAGAGUUUUACUAAUGAAAUCGACAGUGUCCACAUGGUGUGGCUGGAGGAGAUCCAGCAGGAAGCGUAUCGCAUGUUUUCGAGUGACUUCAGCACCGAGCCAGAACUCAUGCCAAAGACUCCAUCACAGAAAAAGACAAACCGCAGGAAGAGAGUGUCGAUGGAGCUCAACGAGUCUCGCUGCAAAAGACGUUUCUCCAAGGGUAAACGCAGCAACCUGCGUCGCUCGUCAGUCCAGAUGACCCUGACCACCCUCUCUGAGCUAGUUACGACACACGUGCCGACAGACAGCUCUGAGAGCCUGAUGGAGGAACCUUCUCGUCGCACACGUCGCAACAAAACCACUGCCCCGGCUGAAACCGAACCUGUCAAGCGUAGCACCCGUAACAAAGGCACCAAAGCUAAGGAGGUGGAAGAAGUGUCAGAGAGCGUUCCAGAUGUGAAUGAAGCCAUUGAGGUGCAGGAUUCUGGCUCCAAUCAGGAUCAGAUCCUGGUGUCUGAAGCCGUGGUGAAGAUUCCCUCCUCAGAGCGUCUGAGUGCAGAUUUGCUGCUGAAUGCUGGUGUGUCUCCGGGCCGAUCCGCUAAUAAAAUCCCCAUCGCUGCAUUUGGGUUGCAGACGACACCUCAGGGAUCAGCUCGGCGCUCGCUGGUGGUACGCCGUUCUCUGGUGGGCCUCAGGCAGAGCAUGACCCAGGAAGCUGUUCGCAGGGCAUCUCGGCGCUCUUUCCUGAAGAAGAAAGCCAGACUGGGAACCUCGACUUGCAGCAGCUCUGUCAGCGAAGAUAUCUGUAUGGAUAUUGAAACUGAGGAAAUGGAGAACAAAGAAGAACAGGUUGAUGCACCGCAAAUGGUCACUGAACCAGCUACUGAAACUAAACCUGAACCAGCUACUGAAACCAAACCUGAACCAGAAAUAGUCCAAACUGAGGAACUUGAACCCAAAAAGACUGAAGAAAUGGAAUCUAAGGUAAAAGACACACUUCCAGAAGAGAUUGCUGAAUCUAGCACCACUGAGAAUUGUCGCUUCACACGAUCCAUGGCCCGCACUUCAGAAACUGAUGGAGCAGAAUCCAAAGGAGAUGACAGGCAUACGCGUUCAGGCUCAAAGCGUCAUGCAGCUCAGGAAAGCACCACACCCAAGAAGAAACAAUCCCCUCCGAAGAAGUGCCUCACGAGUACUGCUCCACACAUGCGAUCGUUCUUGCAAACGGUGCAGAAGAACCAGAUGCUUAUGAUGACGCCUGGGUCUCUGGGCCGCAGCACCAUCAUAAAAUCCUUCAUCAAACAAUCUGCCACCAAAACUGACACCAAGGUGAGCAGGGAUAUUUCUGAGCGAGAACGGCAGAAAUGGGACGCCUUGAACAAGAAAAUAGAACAAGAGAAUGAACGAAAGAAAAAGAUUGAGGAGGAGAGACGAAAGAAACAGGAAGAAAUGAAAAGGAAGCGGGACGAACGUUUGAAGCGGGUUGUUGAGGCUCGAGUGAAAGGUGAAAAGGAGAAGGAGCAGGAAAAGAAAAAGAAGAUUGAGGAAAAGAUGGCACAGCUGGAGAAGAAAAAUGAUAUGCUGCGUGUUGAGCGGUUGGCUGAGGAGAAAGCCAAGAAGAAGGUGGCCACUAAAAGACAGGAAGAGCUGGAUCUCCGCAAGAAACAGGAGGAGACAGCCAGACAAAAGAAACUUCAGCAAGUUGAGGAAGAGGAGAGGCGGCACCAGGAGAUGCUGGCCAAACGCAAGGCUGAAGAGGAGCGAGAGAGAGCCCGCAAACUGGCCGAGGCCACACGUGCUCUGGAGCUGAAGAGGGAACAAGAGCGGGAGAAAGAGAGGGAGCGCGAACGAGAGCGGGAAAGAGAAAGACAGGCGGCAGCUGAAAAAGAAAGACUAGAGAGAGAGAAGGCUAUUGCUCUUCAGAAGGAACUGGAGAGAGCAGCCAGAGAGAAAGAGAGGAUGGAGAUGGAGGAGAAGAGGAAAAUGGAAGAGCAUCGGAAGGCUGAAGAGGAGAGGGAAGCCCAACAGAAACGUGCGGCUGCAGCCUCCGCCCCGGCGCCCCCUACAGUUACAGCACAGAUCUCUGCCGCAAAAACACAAGCAGCUAACAUGCACAACACAACUAUAACUAAAAGUUCAGCUUUAAAAAAGACCGUAGAUAUUGAGAACUCUGUUCUAAGUACUCCAGUUGGGAAAGGAACUGCUCACAAUAAGACCGUAGAUCUCGGACCUGGACUCAACGUGACUGUGGACAUUGAGCAAUCUCCACAAUCAUACCAGAUCACCCCAAAGGGCCAGAAAGUGAAUGUUUUAGUGAAUCCUGAAGAUUAUGGCAUGGACCAGAACAGCGACGACUCAACAGAUGAUGAAUCUGCACCCAGGAAACCCAUCCCGUCCUGGGCUGAGGGUAUGCAAUUGCAGCAAGCCGUCAUGAAGCAAUAUUACAAUCCACUAGAUCUCCAUUCAUAUUUUGGAGAACCUGAACCUCCCAAACUGGAGGCGAUCUUCAGGCGGACUAAACCUCGCUUCUUUAAACGCACUAGCUCUGCUGUCUGGCAUUCUCCACCACGUUUGGGAAAUCUGGGCAAUUGAUAAGCAGAUGUAUAUAUUUUUUCUUUUCCUAUUUUUUUUUUUUUUUUUUGUCGUCGAUUUUAUGUUUUCUUUUUUACUUUGAGCUCACUUUAAUAAAGCUUUUAAAAGUCUGUAUGUAAGUAGGUUAGACUGGAGAAGAAAAAGAGCAGAAUGUGUUAUUUAGAUUACACAAAAGAUGAUGCCCAUUCUCAGUUUCCUGCUGCUGAGGGCUCAUGUUUAUUUUCCUGCUUUUAAAAAAGAAAAAAUGGGACUACCUUGUCACAAAUGUAUUUAAAUAUAGUGUUAAAUGUUAUAAAUUUGAAGUGUACACGGGAGCUGCUACAAAUGGGAUGGAAAGAUAGAAAAUCUGGGGAUGUUGUCUGUCUACAAAAUUCACUUCACAGAGUGUCAGAUUUACUCUGGACUGUUAAUAAAAGGUAUCAUUUCAAA